GGCAAUUCCAGCAGGGCAUGAACGAUGCUGAACACCCUUGAUAUGACGGCCAUCCCAAACAUACCACUGUACAGUGCCGAGCGGGAUAUACUUUUGUUUCCGCUGUUGCCUCUGCUCGACCAAUCACGCGCACGGUGCCGUCGCAAGACGUCUGCAAAACAACCCAUGACGUAUCUUGCUUCGCUUUUGUGCCGUCAGACCGUCGGGUGGCGCAACUUGUCGAUCGGGAAGUCGACGAGCUCUAAUUCUGUCAAAAGUCCCCGACGCUCAUAUAUAAUGGCCAACUCUCCAUCGACAUACCUCAUUCUUCUCCUUUAAACUCCUUCCAUACAUCAUGAAAGCCUCUGCUAAGCUCACCGACCUCGGUCAGGAUGUCGUCGACCCGUUCUCCGAUCCAUCUGGCGAGCGUCUGACUACUGACCACGGUGUGUUGGUCUCGGAUACCGAUAACUGGUUAAAGGUUCAAGACGGUGUUCAUGUCGGACCAUCGCUGUUGGAGGACCAGAUUGGCAGAGAGAAGAUCCAUCGUUUUGACCACGAGCGCAUCCCAGAGCGUGUCGUCCACGCGCGUGGUGCAGGGGCACAUGGACACUUCAAAGUCCACAACAGCAAUGCCUCGAAAUACACCUACGCUCCCGUCCUCACCGACCCGUCAAGGGAGACCCCGGUCUUUGUGCGCUUCAGCACCGUACAGGGCUCUCGUGGAAGCGCGGACACCGUCCGUGAUGUCCGCGGUUUCGCCGUGAAAUUUUACACGAACGAGGGGAACUGGGACAUCGUUGGCAACGACAUCCCGGUGUUCUUCAUUCAGGAUGCAAUCAAGUUCCCCGACUUCGUUCAUGCGGUGAAGCCGGAACCGCAUAAUGAAGUACCACAAGGACAGAGCGCGCAUAACAACUUCUGGGAUUAUGUUGGGCUCCAGCCCGAAUCUGCGCACAUGGUGAUGUGGGUGAUGUCAGAUCGCGGCAUACCUCGUUCGUAUCGCAUGAUGCAAGGAUUUGGCGUGAACACCUAUACGCUCCUCAACAAGGAAGGCGAACGAUCUUUCGUCAAGUUCCACUUCAUUCCUAAGCUUGGCGUCCACAGCCUGGUAUGGGAUGAGGCGCUUAAGCUGUGUGGACAAGACCCUGACUUCCACCGGAAGGAUCUCGAGGAGGCUAUCAGCACUGGCGCCUACCCUGAAUGGGAUUUCGCCAUACAAGUGAUACCCGAGGCUCGCGAGCACGACUUUGACUUCGACAUUCUCGACGCCACGAAAAUCUGGCCCGAGGAGCUUGUGCCUUUGGAGGUCAUCGGGUCCCUAGUGCUCAACAAAACAGUCGACGAGUACUUCACCGAGGUCGAGCAGGUGGCGUUCUGCACGAGCCAUGUCGUCCCUGGGAUAGGGUUCAGCGACGACCCGCUGCUGGUGGGGCGCAACUUCUCGUAUUUCGAUACGCAGAUAACCCGCCUCGGCAUUAAUUGGGAGGAACUGCCGAUUAAUCGCCCCGUGUGUCCUGUGAUGAACUUCCAGAGGGAUGGCGCGAUGAGGCACCGUAUUACGAAAGGAUCGAUCAACUACUGGCCUAACAGGAAGGGCAUCGGGAAGCCGGUUCCUGCGAGCGAUGGAGGCUAUGCUGAAUUCCCCCAGAAGGUCGAAGGCAUCAAGCAGCGCAUGCGUACCGAGAAGUUCCAGGAGCAUUACAAUCAGGCUCAACUCUUCUACCACUCGUUGGCACCUCACGAGCAGGCGCAUCUCAUCGCGGCAAUCUCCUUCGAGCUCAGCCACUGCGACGACCCUGUCGUGUACGAGACAUAUUCAAAGCUCUUGAACAACAUCGACUUCGAACUCGCGAAGCAAGUCGCUCAGAAUGUCGGCGGUGUCCUACCUGACAAACCGAAGGAUAUCGGUCAAGUCAAGAAGAGCAACACACUCUCGCAGCUAUACUUCACUUCGAAGGAGCCGACCAUCGUCUCUAGGCGUGUGGCCAUCUUGAUCCAGGAUGGCUUCGAUGCGAAGCAGGUGAAGGCAAUCAGGGAACUUCUGAAGCAGGGUCAGGCGACGACUUGGGUGAUUGGGCCGAGGCGAGGAAAGAUCGUGGCUGAAGGUGGCGGAGAGGGCUUGGGAGCUGACCACCACUUUGAGGGGCAGAGGAGCACGAUGUUCGACGCGAUAAUUAUACCUGGUGGCGCGGAGCACGCGAAGAAGCUGGCGGAAAAUGGUCGUGCGGUGCAUUGGGUGCGAGAGGCGUUCGGGCACUGCAAGGCGAUUGGAGCGGUUGGCGAAGGCGUGUCUUUCGUGCGCGAAGCGUUCCAUCUAUCCGAGGUCAAGUUCGCGGAUGAGAAGGGUGGCAGCAUUACUGUGUCGUAUGGCGUAGUCACUGCGGGCAAGGACAGCACCUUGGGAAACCGCUUAGAGUUGAAGGAGGGCGCGCCGGGCUUCGUGUCGAAGUUCGCGUUCGAAUUGAGCAAGCAUCGAUGCUACGAGCGAGAGACGGACGGGCUGACUUCGAAGAUAGCAUAUUGAGGUCGUAGUCUCUCGAAAUUGGAUCGUAUGUCACAGACAUUGCAGAAUAGACAGGGAGUCGACAAGGCCUUAUAAGGGAAAAUGUACAUUACACCGUUUCAAUCUGGCAGCUACUCGAUGUCGACCAGUAUAGGCACGUGUUCCAUGUUCCUCUGUGUCUAGUCUACGUUCCCUCAUCUGUGAAUAGGAAGUCAAUGUGCACCACC